GGUAUCCAUGGAAACCAAACAUGUUUUUCAGGGCAUUUUUUAUAAAGGGCGACAAAUGUCAGCGUUGGACACAAAACAGCAACUAAUCGUCUUUAACAGGUGUGAGAGACUGGCCCAUCUGUCUCAGCUCACUGGACCACAGCGAAACAAUGGCAAAUAUAACCACCGUAUACCAGAGGUCUCUUCUGACGAUGAUUGCCUUGGGGAUAGGCACUGGGUUUUUGCUGAAAUUUCGUUUUCCUAUAAGUGAAACAACAGAAAGUUUGAUUGACAUGGCAGGAGAUGUGCUUCUAACCCUGCUCCAGAUGUUCGCUGUACCCCUCAUUGUGACCAGCGUGAUUUCAGGUGUAACUGCAUUAAACACCAAAUUGUCUGGGAAAGCAGCCGUCUACAUAUUAAUCUACGUUUGUGGCUCUACCGCCACGGCUGUAUCUAUCGGACUGUUUCUAGUCCUCACGAUUGAGCCUGGUGCGGAUACGGAAACUGAAGAUUUCGAAUCGUAUGUCCCAGAAUACUCUAUGCAUUUGGUUUUCAUGGAUAUCUUUAGGAACAUGGCUCCAGAGAGCUUCUUUCUGGCUUUCUUUGAGCAUUACGAGUCAGAGGUUGUUGAGGUCAGUCUAAUAGACAAUAACAUCGACUAUGAAUCAGGGCAAAAUGACACAGAGCUGAAAAUAAAGGGCGAAUAUGUUGAUGGAGCCAACAUGCUGGGACUGAUCGUCUGGUCUUUUACCAUCGGCAUCUUGAUAAACAGAGCGGGACGCCGGGGAAAAGUCGCUGUGAAUGCCGCUAGAGAAUUGAACAAUGCAAUAAAAAUCAUAUUCAAGUAUAUCCUGUGGUACAUGCCCAUUGGAAUUUAUUUCCUCAUGAUAACACAUGUGUUGGAGAUUGAAGACUGGACCGAGGUCAUUAAACUUGGAAAGCUUAUAAUGGUGCUUUUUCUAGGGUUUGCAGUUCACUCCAUCAUUGGUCUUCCCAUCAUUUACUUUGCUUUCACCAGAGAGAACCCUUUUCUGAUCUACCGGCAGGUCUACAAGGCUUUAAUAAACGCACUUACCAUGGCAUCCAGCUCUGCCACUCUGCCUGUCACCCUUCAAUGCUGUGAAGAGAACAUGAAGGUCGAUGUGAGAUUCUGCCGUCUCACGUUGCCCAUCGUCUCCACCAUCAACAUGAAUGGGAUGGCGAUCUACGAAGUGGUCGCUGCCGUCUUUAUUGCCGAGCUAGCUCACAUCAACCUGAGUGCCAGCUAUAUAAUCUCCAUUGGUUUGACUAGUGCUGUUGCCAGCUUUGGAGCUGCAGGUGUCCCAAUGUUGGGGCCUGCGAGCACCAUCCUGAUUCUGACAUCUGUGGGACUGCCUGCAAAGGAUGUCUCCAUUCUGAUGGUCUUUGAGUGGUUUGUAGACCAUUUUGCCACCAUGGUGAAUGUACUGGGUGACUGCUUUGGUAUAGGUAUCAUCAGUCAUCUGUGCCAGAACGAGCUGAAAGAGCUGGACCAUUCAGCAAGCGGUCGUUCCAUCGUUCAGAUCGAGUUGGACUUGUCAUGUUUGGAGCCUAAUGACCAGCUCAUCCCCUCCUAAUCCUCCCCUUCAUGAUCCAUUUCACUUAAGUGAGGGGAUCGUCUCAGCACCAUAUUAACACCAACAAGCUGAAACCUCCGGAUUGGGACUUCAACAUCCUGGGGUGUCUGAGCUGAUCAUUUCCUUGUUUGCGUAUUUUCAGUAGGAUGGUGCCAGUUUCUCUAUUUGUAUUUAACUUGUCUAGUAUUUCAGUUUUUUAUAACUUUCAAAGGAUCCAUAUUCAUAAUUUAUUCCUCUUUAAGUUGUUAAUAAUUAGAAGUAUUGUUAUGUUUUUGAAGCUAAUUCAUCUUUGCUAGAUGUAACUGUUAUUUUUUGUUUUGCAUGUUUGCUAUGUUUUGUCCUUACUGAAAUACUUCUCCAGUGUUUCCUCAAUAAACAACACCUGCUGCCGCA